AUGGCCAACAUUGUGGUGAAGACCAUCUGGCAAUCCAAGGAAAUAAACGAGGCUGGAGACACACCAACAAAUAUUGAGAGUCGGGCCCAAAGCAGUAAGGAUCAGCUUGGAAAGACUACUAGCAUCAAGGGCUUUAACAAAAAAAAGAAAGCAGUUUCUUUCCAUGGAGUCGAGCCCCAUUUUACCACUGAAAGUCCCAAUCUGAAUUUGAAGCGUUCUUCUGCUUGCACUAAUGUUUCUCUUCUGAAUCUAACUGAUGGGGAACGUGAUGAUUCUACCACCGAGAAUGAAUCCACAGAUGACGGAGGCUUACCAGGGGGAGCUGGAGGCGAAAGACGGGAUCCUCUGUUUCCCAUCAAGCCAGCAUGGUCAGAAGAUGAAGAUGAUAAUUCCAACCAGCAGGAAGUGAGCAAUAGUGGCCUCUUGCGAGCCAAGGACUCCAUUACCAGUCUCAAAGAGAGGACAUCUAAGGUCAACCACCAUCUUCAGAAUCUGCAGGAAAGCUGUCGAAAGGUGUCAAAAUCUGUGGAGGAUGCUGAAAUUAAGACCAGUGUGCUGGAAGAAAAUUCAGCCCUCUUGGAGGAGAAACUACGUAAUUUGCAGCAACAAGUUCAAGUAGAAGACUUUCGUUGCAUGGCUUCCACCUUGGCUUGCCUUCUUCUGCUGGGAGAGAUCAGGAAAUGUAUGCUGGAUCUGGCCCAGAAGGAGGCAUUGCGGCUGCUGGCCCAGCUGGGGGUGCGCUUGGAGGGGGUUCUUCCCCAGCGGGAAAGGACACAGGUGGAACAAGGCCAGGAGCUCAGGAUGCUGCGGGAGGAACUGGAUGAAGUCUCUACCACGGCAAAACGGACUUCAGUGUCUCUCACUCAGCUUCGGGCAGAUCUGGAUGGACUCUUGGAAGACAUAUCCCGACAUCUUGCAACACUGAAGAAUAUGGAAGCAUCUGACCGGCCUCUUUCUAAUUGCACUAGAUGUUCCAGCUACCGCAUUGUGAAUACAGAGGUGCUGCGAAAGAUGUUUGAACGUGCGAUGGCGCCCAUUUUGGAGGAGCUGAAGCAGAGGGGCCAACCAGAAGGCAUAUGCCCCAGCUGCCAGCAUUUGCAGAAGACGAUGACACAGUGAGGCACAGAGUAGACUAACCCCAGACCCUCCUGCCCCCAAUAAAAUGUUUCCAGAGUGCAGUCUUUCUGGAGCAUUUUUCUGACCCUAAGUUAUGCAGGCCAGACCAAGAUGGCCUUGCACUGGGAAGUCUGGAGACAGAUCCAUCUUGGCUAAGGAUGUUCAAUCUGCAAAGCUGCCUUGCCCAGAUUCUAUUCUACGAUUCUGUUCCCAUUCUAAUCAGACAUCUGUUCACUAAAAUUUCUGGUAGGUGUUUUUCUAAACACUACUGAAAAUAUUUUGAGAGCUUGAAAGAUGAGCCUGUGGUCUUCACUGAGCAAAGCACAAUAGCUUUGUC